CGUGGAGAAACGCUUGCCGUUUACUGUUUUUAGCUUUGGCCUGGAUUGGUUGUUUCUUCUCCACCUCGAGUGUAAGUUAAAAAAAACUUCUCCCCGUCCUCCGUUCACCGCCGCGACUCAGCUGUCUAAUACUACAUGAUUGUGCAUCUCGAUUGAUAGAGGGAUUCAAAUGUCUGGGCCAGAUGGUAAUAAAUCUUCUCAUACUGAGCUUUCGUCCCAAGUUUUUUUUGAUCUUGUGGAUUCAGUGAUUGCUGAUGUAGCAUCUGAGUGUCACCGGGUAGCACGACUAGGGCUUGAUCGUGAUUUGGAGGUUGUAGAAGAAGAGUUGAGGUUUUCUGUGGAAGCCCGUGCUAAGGUCGCUGAUCCUAGCAACAACCUUGAAACCAACACCAAAUUUGUUGUUGAUAUAUUUGGUCAGACUCACCCUCCUGUAGCUAGUGAAGUCUUCAAUUGCAUGAACUGUGGGCGACAAAUUGUUGCAGGAAGGUUUGCUCCUCAUCUGGAAAAAUGCAUGGGAAAGGGAAGAAAAGCUCGCGCCAAGGCGACCAGGAGCACUACAGCUGCUGCCCAGAACCGGAACUCACGACGCAGCCCAAAUCCACGAUAUUCUGCUUAUCCAAAUUCUGUUAGUGAGAACCAGUUAGCAAGUGGAUCACCUGGUGUCGCAUGUGAGGACUGCACAGUCCGAGAGAACGUAAAAGGAGGCUGAAACACAACGUACGAUAGAAGCUUACACUGGACUGCAAUGUGCCUAGUAACUGACUCGACCAGACUGGUAUAAAUCGUAUUGCUAGGUUUUUUAUAUUCAGAGAGAAGGGGAAAUCGAAAAGUAAGUAGUCAAUCACAGAAAAUGAGUGUUGGGAUAAAGCUACUCUGAGUAUCACUUUGUAGAAUUAGUGACCGGUUUAACUGAACCCGUCAAAGGCUAUUUGAAGCGAUUUACCUGAUUCAACCAAAAGUUAAUAUAGAAAAAUCGAAGAAAUAUUAUUA